AUGAAGUUUAUAUUCACUGUAUUUAUACUCAAUGCCUUGACGGCAUUAGCAUAUUCGAAUUUGGAGGGAUAUGUCAAGAUAGGAAAAAACAAAGUAUCCUUUGGAGAAAUUGAAACCCAAGAAGUUAAACAAUUAUUCAUUGAUUCCCCAAGAGAUUUCAUUGAUGUUUCAUUAGAAUGCAAAGACAUGACCAAGAGACCGGACCAAGUAGUAUUAUCAUUGUCUGAUUUUUCUGAUCCAAGUUUAGUUACUCAUUUCGUUCCAACUGUUACUGAUGAAAAGAUUCGUACUUCAAUUAAGGCUGUUACACUCCCAGAAGUAUUAAAGAGUAAAGACAAACUCAUUUUACAAAUAAUUAUUGCUGAUUCUACUAGUUCAAAAAAUUUAUACAGAAAAUUGGUGGAAAUUUUCCCAAGUCCUGAAUUUCAACAGUCAAGUAACUAUAAACCAAAGGAAAGAUUGGGAAUUCAACCAGAAAUUCAUCAUAUUUUUAAACAAGACGAAAAAGACGUUAACCCAGUUAUUCCAGUUGCAUUCAUUGGUAUUUCAAUUACCCUCUUUUUCGUAUUUUUAGGAACUUGGUUUCGCCACGCUGGAAAAGAGUUACUUCCUACUUUGAAGACAAUUAGUUGGAGUCAAUUGACUUGUAAUAUUGUAUUUUUGAUUUGUAUAUUCGGAUUCGAAUUGAACUUUGUCAUGUAUUACUUGGGUCAAUCAAUUUUCACUACCUUAUAUUACGGGGCUGUUUUAAGUGUUGCUACUGUGUAUUUCGGUGUACGAGUAUUAAGAAGUUUAGCUCAAAACCGUGUUUUGGGUAAGUAA